GUUCAUGUUUACACUCUUUGACCUUCAGCGAUGAUGUCGACUUGAUGUAGAACCGUGGACAGCAAUAGAUAUCUAUACAAGAAUGGCCAGGAUUCCACUCAAAACCUUGGCCCUGCUAUGGAGGCUUCCUUGUAACAGUCAUACUUCGCGCACUACACCAACACUCCGACAAGCAACCGAGAAGUUGGCCUUCCUUGGCCAGAACCGUAUUCGUAUUCCUGUUGUCCGCCUGCGUAGAGGCGUCAAGAAGUGUCUAACCUUGGAAGUUGGCGCAGAUUGGGGAUCGCCGACGCUCGACAACAAGGACAGUGCUGGCAUGAUCAAGCUAUUUUCCGAAACUGCCUCACGCUACCCGCAUGGCCCCAUAUGGCCUUGGAUCUCACGAUACUUCGCCAGUAUGCCUGUUCUACAAGAGUUUGGUUCUGGCCUCUUUGCCAACACCACAUUUACUCAUUUCACCUCAUCGAUACCGCACUUUUAUGCCACGUCAAACUGUGAUCCAGGAAUCAUGAGAGUGGUUUGCUUAUCCUACGUCUGGUUAGCCUCCAUAUUGGGCCUUGGUUUUCGAGGAGGAGUGGCACCUGCGAUAGCGUCGUUCGCUUCUUGCGUGGACCAGUCUGACCUAUCAGUGACAGUCCUGGGAGGCGUAGUUCACGGAAUCGUCAACGAGACGGAAGAUGCGUGUGUACGCCAGUUUCUGGGUAUCCCUUUUGCCCAACCCCCUGUAGGAGACCUUCGCUUUGCCCCGCCACAGCCUGCUGAGCCGUUCGGUGACCUCGAUGCCAAGAAGCUUCCACCAAGCUGCAUCCAAUACCUCUCUACAAGCCCGCCCUCCAUCUAUACCCAGUACUUGAACGAGUACAAUGUCCAGGGUCUCAAUACCACCAGCCCUGAUAUCAGCGAGGAUUGCCUAACUCUAAGCAUUUGGGCCCCACCAACUACUACCGACGACAGUCUCCCCGUCAUCGUCUUCGUCUACGGCGGUGCCUUUAGCACAGGAGGUCAAGACGUCCCCGUCCAGAUCCCCACGGACUGGGUACAGCGCACCAAAAGCCACAUUGUCGUCACCUUCAACUACCGCCUCAACAUCUUUGGCUUCCCCAAUGCUUUGGGCAUUCCCCUGGACGAGCAAAAUGUCGGCCUCCUCGACCAAAGACUCGCCGUAGAAUGGGUCCAAGACAACAUCGAGGCCUUUGGUGGUGACCCGACACGCAUCACCCUCUGGGGCCAAAGUGCCGGUGCCGUGUCCGCGGGUUACUUCCAAUACGCCUAUCCUACGGACCCAAUCGUGAACGCGGUGAUCAUGGACUCCGGCAGCGAGCUGACACCGGUCGCUCAAAACCUCGACUUUGCCCAUUUUGGUUUCACUCGUAUCGCUGGCCAGGUGGGUUGCGGCAACCUCACGGCGGCAGAGGAGCUGGCGUGUAUGCGCUCUGACAGUGUCACGGCAGAAGCCAUCAACAAGGCUGUGCAGACUACCAAUGAGGCGGCAGGGACGGACAUUACCAAGUACGUCUUUUUUACGCCGGUGGUGAAUAAUAGAACGGUGUUCCCGGAUUAUACGGCCAAGUCGUUGGCAGGGGAGGUUGCCAAUGUUCCCACAAUUCUCGGCAGUAAUGCCCAGGACGGCCUCGCUUUCGUCAUCCUCAGCACUGCCGUCAACCAAACCGAAGUUUUCGAAGCGACACUAGAUCUCUUCUUUUGCCCAGCCUUCAAAGCGGCUACCAACCGCCUCCUAGCCUCAGUCCCCGUCUUCCGCUACGAAUACUUUGGCAACUUCACCGACGUCUCGCCCCUCCCCUUCCUAGGCGCCUACCACGGCGCCGAACUCCCCCUCAUCUUCGGCACUUACGACAUCUUUGCUGAAACUUCGACCCAGUCGCCGCCGCCGGACAAAAAGCUGGAAGUUGCCACGAGCCGUACAAUUCAGAAUGAUUGGGUGGCUAUUGCAGCCGACGGGGCAGCUGGUCUGGAGGAGAGAGGAUGGCCUCUAUAUUCGAGUGUGGAGGAGGGGUUGAUUAGAACCUAUGGGGUCGCUGCGCCGGUUGAGUCGACGGAGGAUGGAUGGGGUGCAGGGGGCGCAGGGGGCAUUGGUGGUGUACCGGCUGGGGUGGCGGAUGCGAGGAGGAUUGAGGCGUUGUGUCCGGCGAUUUGGCAGCCGGCGGAAGUGUCGGAGUGA